CCUUGCCUCCACCCACACCAUCAUGGCAACAACAUUCGGAGCCCGCCCCGCAGCCACCGCCGAGCAGCAGCAGCGUCUGCAGCCAUGGGUUGAGAAGUACCGGCCCAAGACGAUCGACGACGUGUCGUCGCAAGAGAACACCGUCGCAGUGCUGCGCAAGGCGCUUGCAUCCACCAACCUUCCCCAUAUGCUUUUUUAUGGGCCGCCGGGAACGGGCAAGACAUCUACGAUCCUUGCGCUCGCGCGGCAGUUGUUUGGCCCUGACCUCUUCCGCUCGCGUGUUCUCGAACUCAAUGCGUCAGAUGAACGCGGCAUCAGCGUCGUCCGCGAGAAGAUCAAGACCUUCGCGCGCGAAACACCGCGCAACGUCGGAAUCUCGUCCGACGGCAAGGUCUACCCUUCGCCGCCGUACAAGCUUAUCAUUCUUGACGAAGCCGACUCGAUGACGCAGGAUGCCCAGUCGGCGCUCCGCCGUAUCAUGGAGACGUACUCGCGCAUCACCCGCUUCUGCCUCGUGUGCAAUUAUGUCACUCGUAUCAUCGAGCCUUUGGCGUCGCGUUGUUCCAAGUUCCGCUUCCGCCCGCUGGCGGCCGGCUCCUCGCAGGCACGCAUUGAAAUGAUCGCGUCCGCCGAGGGGGUAAACGCCGAGCCUGGCGUCCUCGAGCUCAUCCUCAAGCUCGCGAACGGUGACCUCCGCAAAGCCAUCACAUACCUGCAAACGGCACAACGACUACACAGCGCGUCCAACCCGCCAACGCCUAUCACCACCAUGUCUGUGCACGAGAUCUCAGGCGUGGUUCCAGACGGGGUGAUCGACCGCCUCGUACGGUCUAUGGGUAUCGAGCCCGGAGAAGGCAUCAGUCCCUCGGCUGCAUCCGGCUUCGAGGGCGUGCGGAACGCUGUGCGCUCUGUCGGGCGCGAGGGCUGGUCGGCGGGGCAGGUGCUUGAGCAGAUCCACGACGCGAUUGUGCCCAUGGAGAGCAUCCCGACCAUGGCCAAGGCCAACGCCGCGAUCGCGAUCGCCGAGUGUGACAAGGCGUUGUGUGAGGGAGGCGACGAGGAGCUGCAGCUGUUCGAGUGCUGUCUCCGGGUCAAGGAUGCGAUGGAGAAGGCUUACUAGUAGACAAGAUGGCGAGCGCGCGACCGCUGACCUAGUGAGGACACUGUACUGUAUGCAUAGGGCGUAUCGGAGCCAGUAUGAAGGAGCAGA